AUAUUAUUUGGAAGGAGUUGAUGAUUCCUGUCUUCAAAAGCAAGGGGGUAUAUGGCCAUAUUGAUGGUACAGAUUUGUGUCCUCCACCUUCUCGUCCGAAUUAUGACGCCUGGGUACAGAUUGAUUACCAAAUUUUAUCCUGGAUUCAUGCCACUAUUUCCACAGAUAUAUUGCAAAUGAUUAUUCAACCGGGACUUGAUGCUGAAUAUAGUGUUGCUAAGAGAACUAUUCCGCAUAGAUCUCCUUUUCCUUCAUUUGUGGAGCUUCAAUCUUUACUGCUUAUUGAAGAAUCAACAUUGCAAAGAGAAAAAUCUACAAGUGCUUUCCCUUUUGUUAACUCCAAUGCACAACAGGUGUUGCAGACCUCGAUUCACUCUUCUGGUAUGGGCUCUUCAAUUCCUGAGGUAUAUUAUUCUGGUACUCAGUCCCGGCCUGAUUUCUAUGGCAUGAACCGAGGCCGUGGAAGCUUCGUGGCCGUGGUAACAAACGAGGUGGUCGAGGCGGUCGUAAUUCUCGUGGCUCCUUCUCAAAUUUUGAUCCACUCAUCUUAUGGCCAUCCUUCCUCUCAUUUCCGUGGCAGUAGUUUACCACCAUUAUUGCCGAAUCCGUCCAUGGCAUCUCCACAUGUCACCGCUUGUCAACUUUGUGAUCAAUUGACUCAUAAGGCUCGUGACUGCCCUCUGCUAAUUGGCACAAAUAUUGCCUCAAUGUCUUCUGCUCUGACAGCGCUUACAGCCACAACAUUCCCUACCGCUCCGGACAGCAAAUGGUAUAUUGACUCUGGUGCUAAUACCCAUGUCUCUAGUGCUCCUGGUAAUCUCUCCCACUCCUCUCCUUACUCCGGUUCAGAGUUUAUCCAGGAUAUCCACUUGAAGAACGUCCUACUUCAUUGCAAUAGUGCUGUCACGCCCCAGAACCUGAAUCCAAGGCGCGACAGACGCCGUGCACUCGUGAGACGGAUCCCACAAGUGCACAAGGCUCGGAACUUAUCCAAUUCACAAUCUGAUACCACAAAAUCUCAAGAUAAAAUUUUACAAUCUGCUCUUGUUCGGGAGCAAAAAGGAAAUUUUACGAAGAAGAUUGGAAAAGAAGAUGAGGAAAUGGACUCCAUUGAAGAACUGAAAAGUUGAAGGCUUUUGAUUUUCUUUGUCUGUUGAGUCUGUGCGGGUUUUUGUCAUUUAUUGCAUGUGCUUGUUGCGUGUUGUUUGUCACUUGUUUGUUUGUUUUGGUGGUUGCUUUUUUGUUUUUACCUUUAAGUGGUGAGUCCCUUCCUGUUGUGUAAAUAGGUGUGUUGGUGGAUGCUAUAUUUGUUGAGUGCUUUACAUGCUUUAUUUGAUUGCUGUGGGAUAUAUGUUGCUAUUUUUGUGGUUGUCAUUGUGCAUGUUAUUGGAGUGUCAUGCCCCUUGCACACACUCACUCUCAUUUUGCAUUAGGUCUGUGUUUGAGGUGAACCUGACCUCUAGUCUGGAAUCCUUAUGAAUCUGGCCUGGAAGAGCAAUUCUUCCCGCUUUGAGGAGUAAGAUUGGUUCCCGUUAGGUUGUUUCCAUUGGUUAAUACGACACUUGAUGAUGUAAUAUCAUUCUGUGUAUUAGCUUUUGGAAAUAUCUCCCGUUGAUUCCGAAAGGAUAAAUGGUUGAGAAGGCC